AUGGCUCGCGGAAUAGACGACAAGUUCCAGCCAGUGGUAGGCGAGGGUAAUGCACCCUGCAAAGUCUAUUGGCUGGUUGGUCCUCCGUCCCAGGAGCGCGGCCACGUUGUGGGCACAAAGCAAAAGAUCAAAUACUUUGGCGUCAUCGAAGUCCGACCGAAACCUGACCUCCCCGGAUUCCAGAAUGUUAUUUGCGUGGCCAAUAUCUGGAAGCUUGGUCCUAAUGGCGAGAGCGUGUUGCGAAACACUGAAGAGUUCUCAUACGACAAUUGGAAUCCUGUGUUCAGCUUUAAUGGCAUUCCUGCCGACAUCAACCCGCCUGACCAGAGCUUCUGUCGAUACAUUCUGCUCCGCCACAUCCACUUCCCCGAAGCCGGCACCUACAGACUGGAAAUGACCGUUAAAGCCUUUUGUGUUAUUAAUGAACCCGGACAGCCACCCCAAAUCAACCAUGUGAACAUCGAUGAGGUUACCAAGAUUCAUAUCGAGGUGAAGGAUGGGGUUACCUGGAACGAACAGCGAACCCAUCCCGACCACGUCAAGAUCUUGGCCCUCUUGGAAUGGUAUCCUGUUCUCGGCUGUGCCAGGUAUAUGGACAAGGAAACGGGUGAGAUUAAAGAUCUACAACCCAUGUACUGCGGAAACCCACGUCAGACUGGUGAUGCCCAAUCAAUCUACGCCAAGAGUGAGGCUGGUUCGAGUGAGGCUGGCUCGCUCGUCACUGUCAUCCACAAUAAUGAAGGUCUAGAGGUAACUGGAGGUGGAAAUGGGAACCAGGCGGAAGAGGACGUCGACUAG